AUGAAUGAUCUGAUCUUUGAAGCUUCGAAAUCUCCAACCAUAGCAACCCCACUUACACCAUUUACUUCCACGCCAAUAACAAGCGAUAAUAAAGCUGAAGAAGAAGAAGAUGAUGCGGAAGAAUAUACUGAAAUUAGGGCAGCAGGUGAAUUUGAUUGGCAAAUGCACACUAGAACGAAAGAAGAAUUAAAAUUAUUAUUGGAUAAUUUUUCAGAAGAUCAACUUAAAAGAUAUGAAGUUUAUAGAAGAUCUGCUUUAAGUAAACCUAAUGUUAGAAGGUUGGUAAGUCAAAUUUUAGGUCAACCUUGUUCUCAUAAUAUGGGAAUUGUUGUUGCAGGUUUUACCAAAGUAUUUGUUGGAGAAAUUGUCGAGAAAGCAUUAGAUGUAAAAAACGAAAAGGGUGAAGUUGGAGCAUUAACGCCAGUACACUUGAGAGAAGCAUUCAGAAGAUAUAAGAAUGACACUGGGUUUGAAAGUCAUCUUUACCAAAAAAGAUUAUUCAAUAAAUAA